AUGGGAGAGCCAACGUCGGCCAAACACCAUGGUCUGGGCAUUCUGGACAGCAAGGACUGGGAUGAGAUCAAGCACCUAGACUGGGACGAGAAGCAGUCAUGGAAAUCAUCACUGGCGGAGUGGAAACCAGCAUCACCGAGAAUGCUGCACUCACCAAAGGCCAGUUGGGCACUCAAGCGAUUAAAGGCCGUCAUCUGGCCCAAGGCAAACCCAGCUGGCCAACCGGAGGUGCUGCGCAAAACAGCCUACCUUGAUGGCCUCAGAGGCUUCGCCGCAUUUUUGGUCUACUGGCAGCACCAUGAGCUCUGGGCUCACACGCCCCAGGAAAACCACAUUUUUGAGAACGCCUUCGGCUUUGAGGGUCAUCAUCGCUUCGCCAGCUUUCAUGGAAUACGCCUAUUCUUUAACGGUGGCCACUUCGCCGUCGCCAACUUCUUCAUAAUAUCAGGCUACGUCCUCUCUGUCAAGCCUCUAAGCCUGAUCCAGGCUGGAGAUCAGGCCAAGCUCGCCGACAACCUGGGCUCUGCCUUGUUUAGGAGGUGGAUGCGUCUAUACAUACCACUCAUCUGCACGACCUUUCUUUACAUGCUGACAUGGCAUGCUUUCGGCGGCCUCUGGAUCCACGGGGCCAAGAAGCAGAGCAACAUGCGGGAUGAGAUCUGGUGGUGGUACGCGGAGCUCAAGAACUUCAGCUUCAUCUUCAACAUGGGCGGCGAGCCGUGGUUCACGUACAACUUCCACCUCUGGAGCAUACCAGUCGAGAUGAAGGGGUCGAUAGCGGUGUACACAACACUGCUCGCGCUAUCCCGGGCGACGACAAAGGCCAGGCUGUGGUGCACCGUCGGCCUGAUGUUCUACUUCAUGUACAUCUGCGACGGGUGGUACUGCAGCCUGUUCAUGAUGGGAAUGUUCCUCGCGGACCUCGACCUCCUCUCAGCAAAGGGCCAGCUCCCGAGGUUCCUGGCCAGGCUGGCCCCGUUGAAGGAGUUCAUCUACUACCAUCUCUUGGUUGUCGCGCUCUACCUCGGCGGCAUUCCCUCUCAGACGACAGACGUCGCGCUGCUACGAAAGAACCGGGGCUGGUAUUACCUCUCCUUCCUCAAGCCGCAGGCCGCCUUCGACUACAAGUGGUUCUACCUCUUGUUCGCCGCCACAUUCCUCGUCUCGGCCGUGCCUCGCAUUCACUGGCUGAAGCGCUUCUUCGAGACUCGCUUCUGCCAGUAUCUGGGGCGGGUGUCGUACUCGCUCUACCUCGUCCACGGGCCCGUGCUGUGGACGCUGGGCGACCGGAUCUACAGCGCGGUGGGCUGGGCCGGGGCCAACGGCCUGGAGCAGGCGCAGAAUAUCCCACAGUGGGUCAACAAGUUCCCACUGCCCAUGGUGGGGCCCAUGGGGCUAGAGGUAGCGUUCCUGCUGCCCCACCUGGUGUUGUUACCGGUCACAUUCUGGUGCGCGGAGAUGGUCACGAGGUUCAUCGACGAGCCGGCAGUCAAGUUCGCUCAGUCGUUCUACAAGAAGACACUGGGGCCAGCAGACGCGAGCGCACCUCGUCCGGAGACGAGGGUUACGCCGGGCCUGCCGCCCAAGACGCCAAAGUUGGAAGCUUGA